AGCUGGGUUCAGUAAACAUGGCUGAAGAAAGCUUGAUUGAAAGCGAAGAUGAAAACAUUUUGUAUGAUUUACUUGUUAUUACUGAAUGGCCUUCAGAGACAGACACCCAGCUACGUGGGAACAAGGAGCACAGCACCUCCAUAAUUGCAAAAGCAGUGACGGGACCAUUCCGCUUAAUCCUUCACUAUUUGUGGUAUAGCCCCUCCAGCUCAUCUCUGCCUCUCGGUCUGGUUCGACUGGCAAACAAGCAGAUCAGCUGGCAGCUGGUUCUUUCAAGUAAUGGGAAACUGUUGGCAGUGGUUCAAGACCAGUGUGUGGAAAUUAGGUCUGUGAGGGAUGACUUUGGUUCAGUCAUUGGAAAAUGUCAGGUACCUAAGGACCCAAACCCACAGUGGCGAAGGGUGGCGUGGAGCUCUGACUGCACCUUGCUGGCCUAUGCUGACAGCACCGGCACUGUGCGCCUUUUUGACCUCAUAGGCAGCGAACUCUUUGUCAUCCCCCCGGUGGUGAGUUUCCCUGGAGAUUUCAGUUGUGCAGUUGCAGGUCUGAUCUUCUUGGAGUACACAGGCGGUGCUCAGUGGUCAGCCGAGCUCCUCGUGAUCACAUACGGCGGUGGGCUGAAGAGCUAUCUAGUAAGUGUGGGAACCAAUCAGAACUUUCAGGAGAACCAUGCCUUCAGUUUCUCUACCCACUACUCUCAUGGCAUCACUUCAGCUGUUUACCACCCAGGCCACCGAUUGCUGCUUGUCGGGGGCUGUGAAUCAGGGGAUGACAGUGUGUCCAAGGCCUCUUGCUGUGGCAUCACAGCCUGGAGGGCGCUCUCUGGCUCACCACAUUACAAGCAGGUCACCAGCUAUGAGGACGAUAUCAAUCAGAAUCAGAAGAGAGGUUUCUUCAGGAUUCCCAGCUUUAGGUUGUUUUCAAGACAAGGAAAUGAAAAGGAUGGUGUAUUUCGAAUGAGUCUGAGCCCUGAUGGCACCCUGCUGGCUGUAAUCCACUUUUCUGGUCGUUUGUCUCUCUGGGAUGUCCCUUCACUUAGACAGAGAGCCACAUGGAGCCAAGACCAACAGCCAGGAUUUGAGGAGAUCAACCCGGAGUGGAAAACAUCACUGGAGAGAAGAAAGAAAAUAAAAGAUAAGGAGCAGUACUACCCACUGGUGGAUGUGAAUUGGUGGAGCGACAAUGUACUGAUUCUGGCUCGCUGCUCUGGUUCGGUCACCGUCUCAUCUGUCAGGACAUUGCGUAACCUUCUGGGGAAAUCCUGUGAAUGGUUUGAGCCUUCGCCUCGAGUCACCGCUGCGCACGACGGGGGCUUCCUGAACCUGGAGUGUGAAGUGAGGCUGGCCCAUAAGCGUGUGCGCCUGGAGAGCAACCUCGAUGGCGGGGCGAGCGACGAUGAGGAGGGAGAUGAUGGCGGAGACUCUGACUCAGAUGAAGAGUCCUCUGCUAAAGCUCGCUACUUUGGCUACAUCAAGCAGGGCCUGUAUUAUGUGACAGAGAUGGAACGAUUCGCUCCACCACGAAAGCGCCCUCGCACAGUUAUCAAGAACUACCAUCUGGUCAGUCUGAGGUCAACCACGCCAGAGGAGCUGUACCAGAGGAAGAUUGAUAAUGAGGAAUAUGGUGAAGCCCUGUCUCUGGCCCAGGCAUAUAAUCUGGAUUCUGACCUUGUCUAUCAGAGACAGUGGAGGAAGAGCACGGUCAGCAUUGCCUCAAUACAAGAUUAUCUGAGCAAGAUCCGCAAGCGCUCAUGGGUGUUGCACGAGUGUGUUGAACGCGUUCCUGAGAAUGUUGACGCGGCCAAAGAGCUGCUGCAGUACGGCCUGAAGGGAACCGACCUUGAGGCCCUCAUAGCCAUAGGAAACAGGGAAGAUGGUGGCAGGUUUAUCAUGCCAGGGGACGUGGACCUUGAUGACCUUCCUUAUGAAGACAUCCUGUCAGAUGACGAGGAGCUGGAGAGGAAGAGGGAGAAUGAAAACAGGAAGAGACGAGAGCUGCUGGCCAAGGUUGACUUUAGCAGGCUGACUCUGGAGCAGAAAGAACUGUGUCGGAGCCGACUGAAACUGCUUUCCUACCUGGACCGGCUGGCAACAUAUGAGGAGAUACUUGGCGGACCCCAUGCUGCGGAGCAGAAAUAUGAUGCCGAGUUCUUCAAGAAGUUCCGAAGUCAAAAUAUUGUCUUGUCAGCAAGAAACUACGCCAGGGACAGUAAUGUGCAGGCUCUGGAUAUUCUCUUCACCUAUCAUGGAGCAGAGCUCCUACAGCAUCGGCUGGCUCUCCUCUACAACUUCCCAGAAACCACAUCUCCUCAUGAGUACACCAUCUUACUGCCUGAAGCCUGUCUGGAUGACAGAGGUGAGCUGGUGCUGAUUCCUUGGGAUGAGCAGAGGCACAGAGAGAUGGACUGGUGCGAGGCAGAGGAGUGCAGAGUGGUGCUGGACCAGAACUUGUUUGAUGAAGAUGGUUUCCUGUAUGAGGAGGCUCCGGAGCUGUUGAGAUUUCGCACAGCCACACCCUCCAUCGAGCUGCUCACUGACUGGUACCAGAGCAGAGCCCAGGAUAUCGACUCCUGCUCUAGACAGGUGGACUGCGCCCUGUCACUGGUGCGUUUGGGGAAGGAGCGGGAGAUUCCAGGCCUGGAGCUCUUGUGUGAUGACUUGGUCACGAUGGAAACACUUGUGUAUGAAACGUCAUGUGAAUUAAGUCUGACAUUAAAAGAUCUACAGAAGCUCAGUGAUAUUGACAAACUCCGCCUGCUUAUGAAAAAUUCCAGCACAGAGCGUUAUGUGAAAGAUGCUUUCCAGUGGAUGGUGCCAUUCCUACACCGCUGUGAAGGACAGAGGGAGUCUGCUGCCAAGUCUCUGCUCGCUGAGUACCUGGUCAGCCUGGCCCAGCUUGACCUCACCCUGCCCCUCAUCAUUUUCCAGCACUCAAAACCUAACUGUCAGCAGAAGAUCAUCGGGGACCCAGACCAGCUGAUGGAAGUUGCUUUGGAGUGCAUCUACAGCUGCGAGAGAGACGACCAGCUCAGCCUCUGUUAUGACAUCCUGGAGUGUCUGCCGCAGAGAGGCUAUGGACCAGAGAUGGACAUCACUGCUUCUCUUCAUGACCAGGUGGACAAGCUUGAAAAGCACCUCAGUGUGGUGGAGGUUCUGGAGAAACAUGGCCUACAGAAACCUAUCUCUUAUGUGAAGAACAGCCAGAACAGUGAAGAGGAGGCCCACCAGUUAAUGAUCAAACUGUGCCGUCACACUGGCCGCAAAAACCCUCCAGUAAGUGAGACGGUGUGGAGAGGUUUACAGCAGGACUUGCUGGAUAUGCAGCAGAACGUUUACACUUGCCUAAAGCCAGAGACGUGUCAUCAGGUCUUUGUUGAGUCCCUGCUGUGCUCCAGCCGUGUGGAGAACAUACGCCUGGCAGGACAGCUCAUGCAUUGCUCCAAGGUCAGUCAGGAUGUCCCUGUCAGCUUGUCUUUCCGGGGAAAAGGUUAUUCUCUGAAGGUGGCCUACAAUAACAGUGUGGAAUUGGUGUUGGCUGCUGCCAGAGAGUACUUCAACUCCUCCACAGCUCUUACAGACCCCUGCAUGGGCCUUGCCAGGGCAUGUCUUCAGCUGAUCACAGACUGUCCUCCGGCCAUUCAGGAAGAGCUAGACCUCAUCAGUGCCCUCAGCCAGCUGGAAGACUUCGGUGUUCGUAUCCUACCACUGCAAGUUCGACUUAGUUCAAACCGUCUAUCUCUCAUAGAGGAGUGCAUCGCCCACUGUUCCACCGCCUACAAACAGUCAACCACUCUGCUCAGUCUGGCCUCACAUCUCCGAGUGUCAGGAACUGAUGAGGCCAUGCGAAAAGGCCAAGUGCUAAUCCUGCUGGCAGAGCAAGCUCUCCAGUGUUUGGACUUCAAGGCCUCUUACAUCCACUGUCAGGACCUCAUGGCUGCAGGUUACGGUCCAGCGUGGGAGGUGUGCAGUUUGCUUGGUCAGUGUGAGGGUUAUGAAGACCUUCGGGCACGACAAGAGCUGUUAGCCUUCUCUCUCACGCACUGUCCCCCCGAUAACAUCCACAGCCUCUUAGUUGCCUCCAGUGACCUGCAAACUCAGGUGUUGUACCAGGCUGUUAAUUACCAAAUGGAGCCUGGCCUUACUGGGACUGGACAGGAAGUUGAUGAGUCAGACUCUCAGACGACCUCCACACCCUCUGUGGGCUUUCAUGUGAGGACAGCAGGGCACCUUCUGCACAAAACUACAGCCAAGACCAUGGAGGUACUAACAACUACAGGACUAACGACUAAGGCCGUGCUGAGUGCAGUCAGUGACCACCGCUGGUGGAAGGAAUCGCUCAGAAACCUCAGGCCACUGCAUGGUCAAGACGCAGGAGCCACCAGCCAGGAAGGGGUGCGUGAGAACUUAAACCUGGAGCGCCAAGGCUGCAGCCCCCUUUGUCAGGAACUCAUUGAGGAUCCCUAUGUAGACCCAACUCAAGACGUGUACUCAUGCUACAAAGAAAUGCCUCAGGAAAACUUUGCUGAAGUUCUGCUGAGGACGGGCAAACUGGCUGAGGCCAAAGCUGAAGGAAAAACCAUCUUCCCUGCAACAGAGGUUUUGCUGCAGCUGGCCAAUGAUGCAUUUCCUAGGGACAUGAUGCUGGCUCUGUCCUACUUACUGGCCCUGCCUCAGGUAUUAGAUGCCAACAGGUGUUUUGAGAAGCAGUGCCACUCUGCCUUGUCCCUCCAGCUGGCUGCUUACUACUACUCCCUGCAGAUCUACUCCCGCCUCAUGCCCUGCUUCAAGGACAAGAACCACACACUCUACCAGGCUGACCCAAAGGAGCUGAUUCGACUGGUCACACAGCAUGUGUCCUCCUACUCUGACUGGCCGGAGGAGCUGCAGAAGUUGAUCAGCCAGCUGCACGUGUACAACGAGCGCCUGACGGACUUCACCCAGGCUCAGGUGUUGCAGGGUUUGGGUCGUGGUGUUGAUGUUCAGCGCUUUAGCUCUGACUCGGAUUACAAGAAGGAGACUAUCCUUGGUCUCACUGAGACUCUGGAUGACAGCGUGUACAGAAUCGCCCUGUCACUGGCGAAGCGCUACAAUGUUCCUCUGUGGGAGGUCUACAUGACUCACCUCGAGUUCCUCUUUACAGAUAGCGGCCUUUCCACUAAGGAUAUUGAAUCCCGCAGUGAUUCCCUCGGCCUCUUUGAGACUUUGAAAUGUGACCCAGAGGCUUUUCACAGCCAUAUGGCCAAAUAUGUUUAUCCCACGGUGGAAGGAACCGACCUGGGUCGCCUGCUCUACUACUACACCUUACUAGAUGCUGCAGGGUGUCAACCAUACGUCACCACCACCAUCAAGCCAGACUCGCAUGUCAAACUUUUGAAGAAGCUUCGAGCUGUUGCCAACGGUGUGGACUACCGAAAGAUGACUGAUGAAUCCUCUGAUCCGUUGGCCAUUUUACAACCAGUUCUGACCAGUCAGAACGUGCUGUCCAUCUCCAAACUUGCCAAUCGUCUGCCUUUGCCUGGUGGUGGAGGGGCAACAGUUUCACCCAGUGCAGUCCAUAAAGUAUGGCUGCAGAAAUUGUUUUGGAAGGGAGACCUGCAGCUGUUAAAGAGACCUCCACAGAGCAGCCAAGACUACCUGCAUGCUUACGACACCUGCGCCAAAUUCUUUGACAGGCUGGUCCCCGCUGAUGCCAUCCGCUUUCUGGACAGUAUCACUUUCUCUCCUGAUGCAGCUAAAAAUCUGAGCAUCCAAGCACGGUUGGAGGUGAUAAAACGAGCCACAAAAGCCCUGCGCCAGCUGGGUGAAAAGAGCAGGAAGAGAGGAGGUGAUCGUUGUGAGGAGCAGGACGGGAUGGACCCAGUAGGAAUUACUUUUGAUGAGGCGCUAGCACACCUGCAGCAAUCGCAGGCACACCUGGACACUCUGAGUCAUGCCUUCAUUUUGUCACUCAGAGACAGCCAGCAGGAACAGCUGCAGGGCUACAGUCAUAUUUAUGACUUGUCGCGUUCUGAGAGGUCAAAAGUUUGCGAGCUAGCAGUAACCAUGGCAACUGAUGGACAGCCUUUGGACCAGAUUAGAGAGCUUCUGCAUGUGGCUGUUGGACCCCUUGACCUAUCUGUAAAAACUGUGCUCCAAGAGGCAGUGAAGAGAGUUGUGGCUGCACUCAGUGGAGACCCAGGCAUCUUGACAAAUUUCCCACAACCCCUCAAGGUCUUGGAGGCUCUGGUGACCGCUGUGCACAACAAUGUGCAGAAUGGUGACAGCUCAGUGACUUCAGAUGACCUGCUGGCUUGGCUGCGCCCAUUCUGCGGUGACGCAUCUCUGCCUGUGAAGCCUCGCAUCGACGUGCUCCAGAUCCUAGAGAGCAACUUCAGUCUCCGAGAUAGUGACGUCCGUCUUCUGCUGCUUUACAGAUCUCAGGCUGUCCUCAAAGACAGAGAGGUCCAAAUAGAGGAUGUGGAGAAUGAGGACAAAAGAUAUGCCCUUUUCCAGGAGAUGUUGGAUUCAGCACACAAGUGGGAAGACUUUCAGUUGAUCAUGCUUCUUCUACAAGCAUGGCCACCUAUGAUGAAAGAGGAAGUGGCACAGUCGGAGCAGAGCCCCUGGGUGAUGCUAACCUCUAUGCUGCUGACCCGCUGUCAGGCGUCAGAGGCCAGUGUAGACCUGGGUCAGCAGGUUGUCACCAUGGUGAGGUCCCUCUAUAACACCAAACACAAGCUUCCUGUGCAGUGUAUCGGACACAUAGCAAACCUGCUUCUCCAAAACCAGCCGAGACUCCUGCAGCCUGCACUCAAACUGAUGUGUGAAAGCGGUGAUGAGCAGCUGCUGCAGUUGAGUCUGGAUCAGAUCAACAGUAUGAGUGAAGAGACGGCCUCCUCCUGCGAUGCAGAACUGCUGUCAUUGCUCUUGGAUGCAGGCCUCUUGGUGGGCUGCAUCUCCUCGACCCUGUACCCCCUGCUCAGCUCCCACAUGCUGUCCCACCAGCAUGAAGGAGGCUGGGAUGUGGAGAAAGCUGCUGCAGAACUGAUGGCAGCAGGCCAUGGGCCAGAGGCAGGUUCCCUGCUGUUGGCCCACCGUGGAACUCACCAGGCCCAGUUCACCUUCAACUCUGCUUUGGCUGUUCUCAAGAAAUGGUUAUGAAGGGAGGUGGGAGGAAGAGGGGGAGCAAGAUGUGAUAGAAGGCGUGUUGAACUGCAGCAUUAAAGCAAAGGAAGGGAGAAUGAGAAGGCUGAGAUCUGAAGUAUUCAUUGUGAGGCCAGAAGAGAGAGAAUACCAGGCCAUACGUCUGCAUUUAUAUCUUUAAUCAGGUUCAGGGUACAU